AUGGAUAUGAGUUUCCAAAGGGCUUCAUGGAGCUCUUUACUCUUGAUCGCCUUUGCUGUCCUCAUUUCCUCGGUCGAAUGCGCAAGGGAUCCUCUCAAAACCCUCGCGAAACCAAAUUAUACAUUUGAUCAACUCUGGGAACUCGAAAAGUCCUUCUGGGAUUCAUUCCUCUACCCAGCCAACGUGAAACAAACAGAAGGAAACGCCUCAUCAGUCUUCGCCACAGAUGUCCAAGGCCGCGUCGACAUCACCCGCACCUUUGACGGCGACGAGUUAAACCGCGAAUAUAUCUUCGGCCUCUUUUCGGACCCGGCACAUGUCAGUCUCGUGGGCGUUCCGAUCGCAUAUAAUAUCACGCAGUUCAGCGCGAACGACAACCUCGCGUCCGCAACAACGAUUGUCACCUUCAACGCUACAACUUUCGGCAUGCUUGUCCCUGUCACGAUUGAUACGUGGAUCAUGUGGGACGCAGAGGGCAAGAUCACGCAAUAUGACGCUGUGUUCCGCCGAUUCGAGUACCUGGUUGACUAUUUGAUUGGGAGUGUCGCGACUAAGAUCAAUGCUACUUCUUCAGAACAGGCGGUUGGGUAUGUUUCGGAUCUGUUGGCUAAGACUAUCUGCGCUACGCAUGAGGAGUAUUGUACCGGGGCGAAUGAGCAAUAUUCGGAUUCGAAGGCUUGUUAUGAGUUUUUGACUGGGGGGGUUCGGUUUGGGAAGAGUUAUGAGCUUGGGAGGAAUACGCUGCUUUGUCGGGAGGUUCAUGAGCAUAUGGUGCAGUAUCGGCCUGAUGUCCAUUGUGCUCAUAUUGGUCCCAAUGGUGGUGGAUACUGUGUGGAUGAUAUGAGCUACACGGAAACUGUUUGGCAGGGUUAUUUUAACAGUUCGUGGAUUCCGUUUGGAUUUGAGGGUAACUGA